ACUACUAUUACAUUUACAAGAUGCGAAACCAGUGUUUUAUUUUGCUUUGCAUUCUGGUUUUUGGAGUUGUCGGGACCUGCCAUGGAGCUGGACUCAAGAAGAACUUUUACGUGAACAAAUGCCGUGAUGCAGAGGCGAUAAUCAAGAAUGCUACUGAACAACGAGUUGCCAAAGAUCCCACAUUGCCCGCGAAGUUCCUGAGAAUGCAUUUUCAUGACUGUUUUGUUAGGGGUUGCGAUGCCUCGAUCCUGUUGAACACAACGGCCAACAACACUGCCGAGAAAGACGCGGUUCCGAACCAAACCCUGUCCGGAUUCGAUGUCAUCGACAACAUAAAAGCCGAGGUCGAGAAGAAAUGUCCGAACGUGGUAUCAUGUGCUGAUGUUCUGGCCUUGGCCGCUAGGGAUGCUGUUUCUGUCCAAUUCCGAAGACCGUUGUGGGAAGUUCUUACCGGUAGAAGAGACGGUACAGUGUCGCGAAUUUCCGAGGCGUUGGCUAGUAUUCCUUCCCCUUUCUCAAACUUCACCACCCUUGUUCGGAAUUUCGCUAACCAAAGCCUCAAUGUCCGUGACCUGGUGGUCUUAUCAGGCGCUCAUACGAUCGGAGUAAGCCACUGCGUUGCCUUCGGCAACAGGCUAUACAACUUCACCGGAAGAGGAGAUCAAGAUCCUUCCUUGAAUGCAACUUAUGCAGCAUUCCUGAAGACUCAAUGCCAAAGCCUAAGUGACAACACGACCACCGUACCGAUGGACCCCGGAAGCGGACUAACGUUCGACAGCAACUAUUAUGUCACGCUUAAGCAGAACAAGGGACUGUUUCAGUCCGAUGCCGCCCUCUUGACGAACACCGGCUCGAGCAGCGUCGUCAACCAGUUGCUCAACCAGAACAAAUUCUUCGCCGAGUUCGCACGGUCUAUGAAGAGGAUGGGAGCGAUUCGAGUUCUCACAGGGAAUGCAGGAGAAAUUAGGAAGAAAUGCUUCGUUGUUAACUAAUUCUUGAAAUGACUCUGCUUAUGU